UGUCAUUAAUGGGCUGUUCUCCAUCCUCUGCCUUGCGACAGGUUGAGCCACCCAGUUCUUCCCUGCUAUUUGUUAUAUUGCUCUCAGAGUCCUACUAUACAAGGUUGCAGGACAGAGCCACAAGUACCAAGGCUGACUAUCAACAGGAUUAUUAAGAUGGAGAAGUAUUAUUCCUUUGUGGUCAUUUUUUGUGCUGUCGUCCUGCCCAAGGCCCUCGGAUUUCCAUAUAAAGAUGUUUCAAUAGAUUGUUUCUCCAUGUUACCGAAUUGUGGAGGAGGACCACAGACAUCUACCCCACCUUAUGUCAUCUCUGUAUCAUUUGAUAGAUACGAUCCAGGAAAUGAAAUACAAGUGACUCUAGAAGGAACGUCGCCAGCUGGAUUUACAGCAUUUAUGGUACAGGCUCGGGAAAUUGGUGGCAAUGUUCCCGUUGGCAUAUUUCGCAUCAAGGAUCCAAAUACGCAAGGCUACCCAUGUGCCAACAUGUCGAAUUCAGCAGUAAGUCACACGAAUCCCAGCGUAAAACGCAAAGUCACAACGACCUGGGUUGCUCCUCAGGGCACGAAUAAGAUUCGCCUUAUGGCUACUUUUCUUCAAGAUUAUGAUACCUAUUGGGUUGGCGUUCAUAGCAAAACUCUCUCACCCAGAUUUUCAGAAGUGGCUAUUAUCUCCAAACCCAUCAAUGAUUCCAAACCCAUCAAUGAGUCCAAACCCAUCAGUGAUUACAAACCCAUCAAUGUUUCAAUGGCAGCCAAUAGCUCAGACCCAGCCAGUGAAUCUGUGGCAUCAAUGGCUUCUGAUGUUACCGAUGAUUCUGAGGAGUACCAUGACGAUUUUGAUUUCAACACCCUCCUUGGUGACACUGAGGCAGUUUAUGACAACGAGAUACCUGUUUAUUCUGAGACGACGCCAGACUCCAGAACAGAAAAUGCCACAGAAAGGAGCAGGAGGAAGUCUGUUCUGACAGUGAAUGUAAACUGUGGCGAGGCUGGAGCAGUACAGUCAAGCAGUGGUGGUUGUGUCAAGAGUACACAAGGAUCAUCGCAGAGCGGUGGCAGCCAAGCCAAGGUCAUAGUGGUCAAAGAAGGAAGCAGCAGUGGAAGUGGCUGUGGCGGGGGAGGAGUUGCAAGCGUGUACAACAAAUUUGGCUGCAGAGAUAAUGCAGCUGCUUCCGGCAGUCAGUCUUCAUAUGGCCAGUCGGUUUCCACCAGCAAAGUAAAGGUUGUGACCUACCCAGAGAGCAAACCUUUCCCACCUGAGCGUGAUUCUACUUAUCCAUCGAAAAUUGCUAACGCUGGUGGAAUAAUCUAUUCCCAGGGUUCCAGACCUCAAGGUGGUUCAUCGGAAACUGUUCGUAUUACUGUACAGGAGGGUGGGAAAGGUAGUCCGGCUUGUGAUAAGACUUCAUCUUCCUAUAACAUCAAGAUUUGUAAUCAGAACCAGCUUUCAAACUCGCAGAGUACCAGCUCCUUUGGCACACAGGUAUAUAGAUAUACACAUUCACCGUUCUAUUUAAAUGUUGGCUACUUUCCUGAUAAUGCCACUCUUUCAUUGGUUGGCAAUAGUAUGGCUAAUAGGGACAAGCAAGCAGAAGGCUGCUAA